GGCGGGUCGCGUCAGGGGCGCCUCCGGCGGACGGUGGCGGCGCCGGGCGGGGAGGCCGCGCCUGCCCGCGGGGCGUCGGGGGACGGCGGGAGCGCAGGCCAGCGGCGGCGGCGGCGGGCCGGGACGCAGGCGGAGCUCCGCGCCGGCCCAGGGUGCCGGCUAUGGCCGCGGCUACCAUCGUGCACGACACGUCUGAGGCCGUGGAGCUCUGCCCCUCCUACGGCCUGUACCUCAAGCCCAUCACCAAGAUGACCAUCAGCGUGGCGCUGCCGCAGCUGAAGCAGCCCGGCAAGUCCAUCUCCAACUGGGAGGUGAUGGAGCGGCUCAAGGGCAUGGUGCAGCACCACCAGUUCUCCACGCUGCGCAUCUCCAAGAGCACCAUGGACUUCAUCCGCUUCGAGGGCGAGGUGGAGAACAAGAGCCUGGUGCGCUCCUUCCUGGCCUGCCUGGACGGCAAGACCAUCAAGCUCAGCGGCUUCUCCGACAUCCUCAAGGUGCGCGCCGCCGAGUUCAAGAUCGACUUCCCCACGCGCCACGACUGGGACUCCUUCUUCCGAGACGCCAAGGACAUGAACGAGACGCUGCCCGGGGAGAGGCCGGACACCAUCCACCUGGAGGGCCUGCCCUGCAAGUGGUUCGCGCACAAGGAGUCGGGCUCGGAGAAGCCCAGCGAGGAGGUGUUGGUCCGGGUCUUCGAGAAGUUCGGGGAGAUCCGCAACGUGGACAUCCCCAUGCUGGACCCCUACCGCGAGGAGAUGACCGGCCGCAACUUCCACACCUUCAGCUUCGGCGGACACUUGAACUUCGAGGCCUACGUGCAGUACCGCGAGUACGUGGGCUUCAUCCAGGCCAUGAGCGCGCUGCGCGGCAUGAAGCUCAUGUACAAGGGCGAGGACGGCAAGGCCGUGGCCUGCAACAUCAAGGUCUCUUUCGACUCCACCAAACACCUGAGCGACGCGUCCAUUAAGAAGCGGCAGCUGGAGCGGCAGAAGCUGCAGGAGCUGGAGCAGCAGCGGGAGGAGCAGAAGCGCCGCGAGAAGGAGGCGGAGGAGCGGCAGCGCGCCGAGGAGAGGAAGCAGAAGGAGCUGGAGGAGCUGGAGCGGGAGCGCAAGCGCGAGGAGAAGCUGCGCAGGCGCGAGCAGAAGCAGCGCGACCGUGAGCUCCGGCGCAGCCAGAAGAAGCUGGAGAAGCUGCAGGCGGAGGAGCAGAAGAAGCUGCACGAGAAGAUCCGGCUGGAGGAGCGCAAGCUGCUGCUGGCGCAGAGGAACCUGCAGUCCAUCCGGCUGGUGGCCGAGCUGCUGAGCAGGGCCAAGGCCGCGAAGCUGCAGGAGCACGAGCAGCAGGAGCAGCGGCGGCGGCUGCAGCAGCAGGAGGAGCGGCGGCGGCUGCAGGAGGCCGAGCUGCGGCGCGUGGAGGAGGAGAAGGAGCGCGCGCUGGGCCUGCAGCGCAAGGAGCGCGAGCUGCGGGAGCGGCUGCUGAGCAUCCUGCUGAGCCGCAAGGCAGACGACGUGCGGCCGCACGAGGACCUGCUGCAGCCCGUGCUGGACAUCCUGCAGACCGUGUCCGGCUGCGCGGGCGCCACCUCGCUGCACCCGCCGGUGGGCCAGCCGCCGGGCCCCGCCCGCGAGACCCCGCCCCGCGCCGAGGCGGACGGCGCGCCCCGGAGCGUGAACGGGAGCGCGCCCGAGGAGGCCCCGCGCAGGGAGGGCCCGAGCACGCGCUGCCUGGGCUCGGCUGGCGGCUCGCCCGAGAAGCGCUGCCCCGGCGUGCUCGCCUGCAUCCCCGACAACAACCAGCAGCCCAAGGGUGUCCCCGCCUGCGACCAGCACGUGGCCAAGAAGGAGGUCCGCUCCGAGCAGGACAAGUGCAACCGGGAGCCCAGCAAGGGCCGCGGCCGGGCCAGCCGCGAGGGCAGCUCGGAGGACCGCCGGGCGCGCGAGCCGAGCCGGGCCAGGCGCGCCGGCAGCUCCGAGGACGCGCGCGCGCAGCGCAAGGAGCGGCGGUCGCACAAGAAGCGCUCGUACAAGGACGGCAGCCCCCGGCGCAGCACCAGCCCGCGCAGGUCCCGCAGCAAAGACAGGCGCGGCCGCAGGGAGCGGAGCCGCGAGCGCGGCGGCAGCGCCAGCAGGAAGCGCAGCCGCCACCGCCGCCGCAGUCAGCGCUCCCGCUCGCGGUCCCCCAGCAGGCACCGCAGCACCUGGAACAGGUAAUGAAGGGCCCGCGGCGUCAGGAAGACCAGGCCGCCCGCCGCCGGCUCCUGCCCCUCCGCCUCGCCCGCCCCGCGCGCCACGCGCCUCCGCCACAGCUGGAUGCCCCGGAGCCGCGCCUGCCGGAGCCGGGCGCCAGGUCCCUCCCCGCAAGCCGGCCACGCCAGCCCCACGCGCCACGAGCUUUAGUUCCUUCAAAACUGUCAACCCGAUAGCUUUAAUGUCGCCUGUCCUCGGAAUCAGGAAAGCCGCACAGACCCCCGUGGAAAUCGGCAGGCGCGGCCUCUCAGAGCAACCUGCCCGGACGCCCCUCCUGCCGCCGGACCCUCCGCGGGC